AUGGAGGCGGCCGUAUCGACGUGCGUCGUUAUCGGAUCCGACAUGCGUACCCGUGCGACACGAGAAACUAUGGGCGCCACGAACGAAUCUCAGAUCCAGCCAAGUCCUGAGACUUGGACUCGUUCAGACUCGCUCACAUCAACCAAACCGUUGAUCAGAUAUCGUAUGCACAUUGCGCUGCCAUGGAGCGUACCACGUGCUUCAGGCUCCUUUUGUCCGAUCGACGAAGGUUGUGUAAGUCACAUUUCACUGUGGGAAUGA